AAUUUGACCUUUGAUUAAUAGCAAAUAGGCCUUUUGAAUAUGGUAGCUAUACAAUUUCCACAUAUAAUUAAAUGGUGUAAAAUCCCAAUAUGGGGGGGAUUUACUGCGAAUAUGGCCUAUAGCCUACUGUAUGUUAUUCAAUGUACGUUGGGGCUGCCUGCCCAUUAGCACUUAAGCAAAUAGGACUUUCAUUGAUCCGUGUCGUUUCUCCUUUCCCGGUUCUCACUCUCGUCCCACGGCAGGGCGAUGAGGCUGACUGAAAAUCGUCUCCUCUGCUGAUAGACGCUACUGAAGCACUGUCUUCGCUGCCUACAACCGGACCUAACAUGAAUUUGGCUUUGCUUGCCGCGCUAACAGCCGCGCUUUUGGCUGCGGAUAGCGGCUUCUGUUAUUCCAGCAGCGUCCCUUCAUUCAUCCUGCCGUUUACUGACUGCGUCCAGAGCCGUGGGAAAGACGGUUUCUACCGGGGAGCUAUAGACGUCACUGAGUCCGGCACCCGGUGCAUGAACUGGACCGAAGUGGCCGGCUUCAAGGAGCGCUACCCGGGCAAAGGAAUAGGAGAGCACAAUCACUGUCGCAACCCGGACGGCAGGAUCCGACCCUGGUGCUUUUUCAGGAACCACAAAGGCAGAGUGGACUGGGGGUACUGCGACUGUAAACAAGGCUCUGUGCGUCUGCAAGGAGGUCGCUCCAAGCUAGAUGGCAGGGUGGAAGUCUAUCUGGGAGGAGUGUGGGGGUCUGUGUGUAGCGAUGACUGGGGGGACGAAGACGCUGCAGUGGUUUGCAGACAGCUGGGCAAGGGGAUCUCAGGUCGUGCACGUGCAGUUCCCUUGUUUCGUCCAAGCAUGGCCAAGCUCCAUUGGAGGGCGGUCCAUUGCCAGGGAGAGGAGCCAGACCUGCUCCUGUGUCCUAAGACUGCUUGGAAUGGAGGGGAAUGUUCUCUGGCUGCAGCCAUCACAUGCACACAGCAGCAAGCAGUAGUGACGCUCCCUAUACGGCUGGUGGGGGGUCGAUCAGGGUCAGAGGGCACAGUGGAGGUCUUCCAUGCAGGGCAGUGGGGUUCCAUAUGUGAUGACCAAUGGGACGACAGUGAUGCAGAGGUGGUGUGUCGACAACUGGGGCUGAGCGGUGUGGCGAAGGCAUGGGGCCAGGCACAUUUUGGCAAGGGUUCAGACCGUGUCUGGCUGGAUGAGGUGCGUUGCACAGGCAAUGAGCUCACUCUGGAGCAGUGUCCAAAAAGUGCCUGGGGGGAGCACAACUGUCUGCACUCUGAGGAUGCAGGAGUGUCCUGCAACCCUCUAACAGAUGGCUCUGUUAGGUUGGUAGGGGGCACCAGCAGCUAUGAGGGACGUUUAGAAGUAUUUUACCGUGGUCAGUGGGGGACAGUGUGUGAUGACGGCUGGACAGACUAUAACACACAAGUCGUGUGCCGACAACUUGGUUACAGAUUAGGUGAGACUCUCCUUUCUGAAGGACUAGACAUCACCUCAGUCCCACGCUUCGGGGUGGGGUCAGGUCCCAUUCUUUUGGAUGAUGUGAGCUGCACAGGGAAAGAGCCUAGCCUAUUGCUGUGCAACAGGAAGGAGUGGCUCCGCCAUGACUGCACACACCAUGAAGAUGUGAACAUUGCGUGCAGCGCUGAUCACAAUGGAGACAGUCUUCCAACGAGUGUGCCAAUAAGGCUUGUGGGAGGAGAGAGCCCUAGGGAAGGCCGGGUGGAGCUCUAUCUGGCUGGACAAUGGGGGACUGUGUGUGAUGACGGAUGGACUGAUCGUGAUGCUGAGGUGGUGUGCCGACAACUGGGAUACAGUGGGGUUGCAAAGGCCCGUGUGAUGGCGUACUUUGGGGAGGGGACAGGGCCCAUCCACGUGGACAAUGUUAAGUGCGGCGGCGAGGAGCAUUUGUUAGCAGACUGCAUCAAACAGACACUUGGCACUCACAACUGUCGCCAUAGUGAGGACGCUGGGGUCAUCUGUGACUAUGGUGAAUCACAAACCAGCUACAAAGAGGUCAAAGAUCCUGUCAACUCAAUUUGUGGUUUGCGGCUCAUACACACCCGCCAGCGGCGAAUCAUAGGAGGAGAAAACUCUCUGAGGGGUGGCUGGCCAUGGCAGGCUGCAGUUCGUUUGCGAGGAUCUCGAGGAGACGGGAGGUUGGUGUGUGGAGCGACUCUCAUUGACACUUGCUGGGUCCUCACCUCAGCACACUGCUUCAAGAGGUACGGAAACAGCACCAAGCAAUAUAAAGUUAGAGUGGGCGACUACCACUCCCUCGUCCCUGAGGAAUACGAAGAGGAGUACGGCGUCGAUCAGAUUGUCCUCCACCCAGGCUACCACUCCCAUAACAACGAUUACGACCUGGCCUUGGUUCGUCUGUCACCGGGGGCCGUGGGCCAGAUACCGGGAGAGUGUGUGUCAUUCAGCCGUCAUGUUCUUCCCGCCUGUCUGCCCAUACGCAAAGAGAGAGUGCUCAAACAAGCCAGCAACUGUCAUAUUACCGGCUGGGGUGACACGGGCCGCUCAUACUCCAAGACCCUACAGCAGGCCCCCCUCUCCUUACUUCCCCGGCGUCAUUGCCAGCAACAUUUCCACAGUGCCUUCACAAGCCGCAUGCUCUGCGCCGGCAGCAUCCAAUCGGAAAGACGUGUGGACAGUUGCCGUGGUGACAGUGGAGGUCCGUUGGUGUGUGAGCGUCCGGGAGGGGGUUGGGUGGUUUACGGGGUCACGUCCUGGGGUCAUGCCUGUCGGACACAACAGUCCCCCGGCGUCUACACCAAAGUCUCUGCCUUCAGCUCCUGGAUACGCAAGGUGAUUGGCCGUGAUGACAGGAAAGAGAAAAAGCGAUGAAAGGUGAAUGACAAAUUUGAAGAAUUGACCUCUCGAUCAGAAAGAAUGACACUCAAAGACUUACUCGAUUGGUCAGGUGACAACUGAUACAACAAUGUGUUACUGAUGUGAUGAUGUUAUGACCUGAUUAUCCAGUGAUGUAAGUUGUAACCUGACUAUCAAAUAGUCAACGCUGGACUUCUUUUUAUUUUUUAUUUUUUUUGGCGAGAGGAAGGCUUUUCUGUCUUUUCUCUCAUCUAAGUCAUAAGCACUUAUUUUAAUGAUUUACUAUUCUCUUGAGCUGCAAGAUUUUGGAUGGUGUUAAAUCUCAACUCAAAAAAAUGUAACCGUAACUUAAAUAUCUUUUUGUUGUUUCUUGUGACAUUGCAUACUACACUUAAAAACAUUAUUUUUUACCAAAAUAAUGUUUUCUGUGCUUGCUUUUGUUGUAAAGUUGUGAUUUAUGGUAUGCAGUGUGAUUAAAAUGGUUGAAAAGGGACCACAGUAAAAAACUAAAAAGAAAGAAGGAAAACAAGAUACAUGCAUGCACUCAUGCGUACAUAGUAAGUAAUGACAUGAUAUGAAGUUGCAGAAUUGCACUAAGAAUCCCCCUUUAGGUACUUCUUGUAUGAUAUUCAGUGUUUUGUGUUAAGCAUUCUGGUCACAUUGACAUUUGCCAAAUUGAAAUAUGCAUUUCAACCUGAUUUCAUUAUUAUUUUUUGUAAUGUGUCUCCAUUGGGCUCAUUGUUUUGCUGUGUAAAGAGCAGAUUUCAGGUCUUAGUAAUUACUCAGGCAUUUAUCAUUUACAAUCAGUCAGUAUUUGUCCUUAACUCAGUGCUGCUUCGCAUUUGCAGAGAAAGUAAGGGACUAAAGUGUUUCUGAAUCAAAGCACAUAACAGCAUUAAGUGUUGACUUGUAUCGACAAUUAAUUCAUGUUCUUUUGUUCUAGUAGGAUAGUUAAGUGUUGUCGAGGUUUUGACAACACUAAAUGGAGACAAUCUGGUACACUUGAAAAAAUAACUACACUGCCUUCUUAUUUGGUGU